ACACGUAGCUUCUCGAAUUCUCCGGCGACUCUCCUACCGUCUCAGACCUAGACCUCGCAGGCGGAGGCGGAGGCGGAGGCGGAGGCGGCGGCGGCGGCGGCGGCGGCAGAGGUAUGGCACCUGUCUCUACGGGACCCAGAUUUAGGCGGAGGAAGUCUAAUGCACCGAGGGCAACAAGUCGAAAGCCGGACAGCGGGGUGCCUGUCGCUGCCGAUGCCGAUGCUGCGAAAGAGGGCGAUGCGCCGGGGUCGGGGUCGACGACGAGGGUGACCCGUUCGAGGGCAGCAAGGUGCCGGCCGGGGUCGCAGGAGCCCCUUCCACCACCAUCGGAGCGAUCCCGAUCCCGGAGGACGACGCUGGCCACUGAUACGGCAGUGAGAGAGCGCAAAAGGAUUCGGGCCAAUCUCAUUGAGGAGGAAAAACCGCUGACGAAGAUGGAGGAGGUAGGGGGGGAGGAGAUCUCGUCCGCACCGAGCUCUCCCCUCUGUGAGCCCUACUUGCCUGAUGACCAAGAGAUUGAUUUCGACACCAUUGAUCUUUACAAGAAGAAAUCAAAAGAAUUCCAUAAAAAAAGAGCUCAUCAACUUAGCUUUCCUACACUGAAUACGGAUGUAUCUUCUUCUUGUCUGCUUCACCCAAAGUUACUCGACAUCCGUGAAUCUGCAACAAAGUCGAUACUUGGUGCUGCAAAAUAUGUUCUGGGUCUUUCAUCUUGCAUUGAUGGAAAUCCCUUAGCACGCUGCUCUGGAUUUCUGAUUGAUUGGAAUGAAACAACGAAAGUUGGUGUUGUUAUUACAUCUGCUGAUAUUAUUUGCUCAGCAUCAUCCUUAGACCGUUGGUCUGGUGAUGAUGAAUAUUCUUAUUCUGCUAAGGUCUUUGUGCACCUACUGGACGACACCACGGUGGAGGGGCGCUUGAUUUAUGCUCAGACACACUACAAUCUUGCUUUGUUCGAGAUUAUAGUGGAAUCCCCAGUUCAGAUACCUAAUUUUACUUUCAACCUGAAUUAUGCUCAACAAAUAUUUGUGUUAGGAAGGGAUGAGAACUUGUGUCUAAGUAUAAGUCAUGGCAAAGUACAAUACUGCAAUCCGUUUUUGUGUGGUCGGCAUCACUACAUGUAUGUUGAUACUGCCACCCCUAAGUGUGCCUUGGGAGGGCUAGUCAUUGACUUUGAGGGGAGCACGGUGGGGAUUGCUUGUCAGACACAUGCUUUUAUUCCCUCCUCGAUACUUAUCAAGUGCUUACAUCUGUGGCGGAAGAUCCAGUGUAUCCCCCGCCCUCAACUUGGGGUCAAGCUUUCAGCCAUUAAAUUUCUGGACCUUCCUCAUAUAGAGAUGAUAUUACGCAAGAUCCAUAUUUGCGAUGGGCUCAUUGUCGAAGAAGUGUCAUCAGGGUCUACUAUUGAGAAACUGGGAGUCAGAGUCGGCGAUAUCAUUCAGCAUUUAAAUGGAGAAUGGGUUUCUGAUACAAUUCAGUUAGAAGAAAUGUUGCUGAGACUUUCUGAGGAUCAUUUUGACAAAGGAAAUGGUCUCAAUUCCACAUUGGACAUUAAAGUUGGUUUGUUUCACAUACGCAAUGGAGCUCGAAACACCAUAAAUUUGACGACAGUUGUCUCAGAAAAUGGAGAAGUUGUUAAGAGGGGUUCAUUCGCUGUUUCUGUCCCUACUCGGGAGGAGAUUUCUGCUAUGUACGCACUUCAGGAAGCAACUACAGGAUCUCCCAUGCUCACUACUGAAGAGAGGAAACCCACCUAAUCCAUAACUAGACCGGGCUUCGUUUUAAUCUGAUUCAUGCUAUUAUCAACUUGUACAUUGAUAGUCUCAUCAUACGCCUGUUACCUCUUCUACCUCUGCUAUUAAUAUCAACUUUUUUAACAAAGAUGGUCUAGUACACUACUGGCAUUUUCUGUUCUCUCAUGCAGUUUCUUGGAAUGUAACGUUUCUUUUAUAUCCUUUUGAGAUUCCUCAACCAUGUAGCUAUAGCUAUGUGUGGACAUGGAAAUCAUGUCCAUACAACAUGUUUAUAUGCAGAAAACUUCUAGCUUUAUAGUUACUUUGCAACUGGGAAGGUUAAAAUUAUGGUAUAUGCUAGAUGAUGUACUACGCUUUGCUGCGGAAUAUAUGAAUGAAUGUAUGUUGAAUGUAGUAAAAAUGAUGGAUGGAUUUUGGUUGAAA